AUGUCUCCAUUCCUCAUCGAUGGUCCCAAUGUUGAAUGUACAGACACCACCAGCCUAGACACCGUGAUCGGGCGACUCUUCUCGCAGAAUGUAUAUGUGAGGGAGAUCUACCCCCUCGAGGGGCAUCUCCAUACGAUGUGUCUCUUAAUCCUAUCCAACAAAGAGCAACUACUCCUGAAAGGCACGCCACGAGCUAUGACGCCUCUCCUCCGGCAGGAGAAGCGUCUUCUUGACACCGAAGCCCGAGCCAUGUCCAUUCUGAAACGGAGCACCGCCCCGUGUAUCCCGUCACUUCUCCACUACGACCGGCGAGGUGACCUGUUUGGCUCGUCCUUCAUACUACGACCCUUUAUCUCCGGGACGACGGCGCAAGAACUGGAGCGCCAGAUCAGUGAGCACGCGCAGAAGCACGUAGACUAUGCAUUGGGAUCACUAGCCCAUGAGAUCUCGCAGCACGCCUCUCCUUCAUUUGGAUCCCUGGAGCAAGUGGCAUCGGGAUCCGGGAAACGGUCGUGGCGAGAGGCCUUCUUGGUCCUAUUCGAGGGCAUCCUACGCGACUCGGAAGACUUCUUCGUGAACCUCCCCUACGCCGAGAUCCGGCACCAGCUGUACCGGCUAUCCCCUGCACUCGAGGAAGUGCGGCAGGCGCGCCUCGUCGUGGUGAACUUAGGUCGACCGUCUCAGGUCCUUCUAGACCCGGAAUCGAAACGCUUAGUUGGAGUCGUGGACCUCAGCAGCGCGCUGUGGGGCGAUGCCUACAUGGCGGAGAUCUUCGACAAUCCGUCAUCGUCCGUACUCGAUGGCUUUGGAAUCCGUCCGACGAAAAGCAAACCGGAGUCGAUACGACAUUUACUUUACGGAUGCUAUCGCUCCAUCACGAAGAUCACGGUGCAAUACUUUCGCGACAGGAACAUAACUGCUGAGAAUGAUGCGAGAAGACGACUGACCAAGAUUCUAACGGAUAUGGCAGUCUAUUGA